UCCAGACGUCUGUCGCGCCAUUUCUUUUAUUCAUAUUAUUUUAUUUUGACUUGGCCCUUUUGUGCUUGUGUAGUCUUCAUAUAACAAAACCAGCGUGUUAAUCAUUAAUUAAGGAUUCAAUUACUUGGUGAAGUUUGAAUUUUGUUUUUACAAUGGCUGUGCAACCUUCAGUCGUAGAGUAUUUUAAUAGUCGCAAGAGACCAGCUGUUGAUGAACCACGAAAAGGUCCCAAAGCUUCCAAAGUUAUUGUGCUGGAUGCUAGUGAAACUUCUCAGGACACUGAAAAGCCUACAACUAUUCAUAACUCACUUGUUAAGAAGUUAGUAUUCAAGAGCAAAGAGGCAAAUAAUUUAACUCAAAAGAACAUAAGUGUUUCUAGCUCCAAAUCGAAUCAAGCCAAAAGCAAGGUAACUAGGCCUAGGCCUAGGAGAAGUCAAAAAGAUUCUUCGCAACUGGAUAUUAGGACAACUUUGUUUAAGUCUUGUAGCAAAAAAGUAGAAGGUGGCAAUGGUGUCUCAAGUUCUGAUUCCGUCGGAGUUGUACCAGAACCUAAGGAUGAAUCUCCAAAUGAAACACAAAAUACUGAACGGGCCAAUUUGCCAACUGUGCCUUUCCUUAUCAGAGGAGCACUGUCUCCAUCUAAAAACAAACAGUUACAGCCAAAUUCUGAAGAGGAAAAAGAGGUGACAGUAAGAAAUCCAAAUGUCCCAAUAACUACUGAAGCGUCAACAUCAAAAUCAAGGAAGGAACUGAAUUUGGGUAAUAUUAAAGCUAUGAUGACAAAAAGCUCUCGACUUGAAGAAAUGAAAGCUGCCCUCAAGAGAUUCAAUGAGAACAAAACAAAGUUGAUGGACUCGGUAAAACCCACUCUAGAUGAUUCCGAGCAGAUUGAGAUAACAGUUCCUGUGCCAGCCAGCCCCAUGAAAACCCCCAAGAAGCUGGAUCGUGGUGCUGCUUCACCUCAAUUCAAACUCAACCCGACCAAUCUGUUUGCUAGCCCCCCCACUCCUGUGCCAGCUAGUCCACUCAAAUCUCCCUUCAAGUCCCCGGCCUUCCAACGAUAUCAAGCACUCGUCACUGAAGGCAGGCCAGCUCUGGUUUUGCCGUUCAAGUAUCGGGCCCUUGCUGAAACGUUCCGCUGUGUUGAUACUGUAGCCUCCAUGCUACACAACCGCAAAGAAACUAUUACUCUCUCCAAGCUGCGGCCCGGUGUGCAGGAAAUUUCUAGAAAAAAUCUGACUGAAUAUGACUUAGGACAAAUAAAAACAGUUUUCCCCGACGCUUUUGAAUUUUCCAUUGAGAAAAUGCGUUCAUUGGGCUCUGCUGAAAAAUAUGAACUAGUCUUAACCCCUCAACUUGAAGAAUUCACCAAAGAUGAAGUAGUGAGCUCUGAUGACAAACAUCUGAUGAUGAGUCCCAGUGUAUUGCUUGCUCGCAGACGCUUCUUGUACAAUGCACUGCUAGAGCUUACCAAGGAUCAUCAUGAGGAGUUUUUGUCGUCUCUAGAUCCCCCGAUGAAGAUUUCCCGAGCCCGUCUCACUCGCUGGCACCCGGAGUUUUGUGUUGACGAAGUCCCAGAUGUUCUGUCCGAACCACUCCCACAACCACCCAACAUUGAGAAGGUGGCCUCUGCUAAAGAUGUCCUUGAACGAGCCCGUAACCUGUUUGUUGUGAACCCUCGUAUGGAGCGUGCAUUGCAGAGGUUGAGUGAGAAGGCUCCAACUCUUACCCCCGUCACCUCUGUCACUGCACUCCCCACACUAAACAAGCCAGCAUUGCACGGUGUGCCGGCCAGCUUGUUGGAAAAGGUGAGAGCAAAGCAGGCUGCGCGAGCGUUGGAGGCGAUGACUCGGACCCCAUCUCAGGCCAAGGAAGCUGUGAGACUAACUAGGCUACCAGAGAUUGCGAGGAUCUUACGCAACCUGUUUGUGGCAGAAAAAAAGAGUGUUCUGCCUCGGGAACUUGUGUUGCAGAAAAUGGCCGACAGCUACAGAGAAGGCUUAUCUCACAGUGAGUUGGACGAUCACUUGGUGCUGCUAGCAGAGAAGACCCCAGGCUGGAUCUUGUUUUGCACACUGCGGAAGACUGACUUUGUUAAACUAUCACGGAACGCAGACAUGAGCAAGGUGAUGACAAGGCUAGAAACACUGGCGGAAGAGAAGUGCUUGUAAAGAAGGGUUUUAACUUUUUAAUGACAGUUUAUAUAAGUAGUAGGCAUACAUGUGUUCAAAGUUUAAACGAAAAUUGUCACUCCCAUUGAUGCCAUUUGUAGUAUAAGGUAGGGAAAGUAUAACUUUUGAGUGUAAGAACAGUUGAUGAUUAAUCUUCUCCUAAGUGAAGUGAAGAGAUGAGAUUGGAUAAAAAAAAAGGUAUACUAAGACAAAAUGUAAUAGUAGAAUUUGAAAGGGAGCAUUGAAAACACCAGUACAAGGAUUUAUAACUUUUUAUGAGAUAAAAUGGAUCUUAGCUUUUUUAAAGCUAUUAGAGAAAAUUUAAGAUAUCAAGUUAUACACCAACAGAUAAUAUUUAACAUGGAAAAGAAGAUUGUCAAUACCA